AUGGCGGCAGCGGCGGAAACGGCGGGUAUGGCGGCAGCGGUGGAAACGGCGGAUAUGGCGGCAGCGGCGGAAACGGCGGGUAUGGCGGCAGCGGCGGAAACGGCGGAUAUGGCGGCAGCGGCGGAAACGGCGGGUAUGGCGGCAGCGGUGGAAACGGCGGGUAUGGCGGCAGCGGUGGAAACGGCGGGUAUGGCGGCAGCGGUGGAAACGGCGGCGAGUACCUUCCUCCACACAAUCACCCAUAACACUGACAUUGCCAUGUCACCUGACGACACAUUCCAAACAUGUUUCCAAGCCGAAUUAGGUAAUGGAGUUAUAACCAUACACGUCUCGAGCCCUAAAGCCUCAGACCCUGCUCUUGCUAGCGCACUUGGUCUAGCUGCAGCCCUAGACACAGCCCUGGCCCUACACCUAGCCUUCGACCGAGCCUCACAUCUAUCCCUAUCCGGAGACCUAGCCUGA